UUACCGUCAUCUUAUACCUCAUCAACAACAACCAUUGUAUCAGGUCAAAACCUGGCGACGUCAAGCAGAUCCAGUGUGCAAGGUACUGAUACUGCAGCGAUCGCUGGCGGCGUUGCUGGUGGAGCCGCUGGAAUAUUGAUCAUGAUAGCUGCCGCAACUUUGAUCUUACGAAGAAAAAAUAAAGCCAGCAAAGACUAUGCAGAUUAUUCGAAGAAGACGGAGGUGGCUGGACAGUCCCGUGACAGAAUUAUCAAAGGCGCCCCAGAUCGCCGAUGAUGGAGACUAUCCUCUGUCGACGUCUGCAGACUCUACAUCACGGAUACAGUCCUGCCCUUCAGCCCAAGCUUCGGCCAGUAUCCGAGACGAGACAGAUCCGUUCGGCUCGAUUGCACGGCUGAGUCGUCUGAGCUCGGGAAAUGUCUCCAUCAUCGAGACCAGCGUCGGUAAACGAGCAACUCGACUUCAUUCACGGCUUGCACCGAAGAGGAAUGCCCACUGACGCAAUAGCGCAGCUCAUGGGCCGACUUCUGUCGAGCCAGGAUCCAGAAGGUCGCGGUGGCGGAGAGUCCGGAGCAGCGGGAUCGGAAGCUGGAGGGACUUGGCGUUUGAGCCGCGAACUCGCAGGUCGGAGUUUGCCGGGCGCAGGAAGUGAUAUCGAGUGCCGCCCUGUCACGGCACCACCAAGCUACAGGACGCAUCCGAGCUAGCUCAACGAUGUGCUGCUACUAACGUAUGGGUGAUCGACUGGAGUUUAGUGGGAAGAUUGACAUACCAGGCAUAAGCUGCGUUCUCAUACCCAUAAAUCAAGAUUGUUACAUCGAGA